AUGCAAGGAUUAAAAGGUUACAUUUAUCUAAUCAUAUUAUCAAAUAUUCUAUUGCCUGUAUUAUCUCAAAAGUGCUUUGGAGUAGGUCAACUACCUUUAGUAUUUGGCUCAAAACAGAAUAUAAAUAGUAAGGUCAAUGUUUUGAGCUAUGAUUUCGAAAAUGAUUAUGCCUAUUUUGGUGGGCAGUUUGGCGAUAUACCAAUGAUCGGAUUCUUCAACAAUUAAUUAGGCUUUGAAAGAUUACUAUGGCUAAAUUCCUACAAGAUAAAUGGUGAUUUGUAUUUGAACUAAUAAUUAUCUGAGAUAGAAGCCUUAAAUAGUAGAAAUACUACAAUAUAUGCGACUGCAAGAAGCGCAAAUCUACCAGCUGAUACUCAAGGAUAUCAUUACAUUUUCAAGAUAGAUUUCCUAGGAAGAUAUCCUAAAGGAAUUUAGAUUAUAAGAUAGAUUUCAGAGGUUCUAUUUAAGUAUACUAUUGAUUUCGGACCUAAUAACACUGUCAUCUUUGCUACUCAAGAAUAAGAUAGAUUAACAAAGUUAUACAUAUUAUCAGAAGAUUUAACUUUAGUACUUGCGAAGUAUACAUUCUAAAAAACAACUAGAAUAGGAGUUAUAAUGUCCAUACCCUAAACUAAUAAACUAUUUUUAAGUGGUGCAUAUAACUUAUAACCCGCAAUAGGAUCAGGUUUAUUUUUUUACCAGAUUGACUUAAAUAACUAAUUAAAUACUUAUACAGUACCUGCUUUUGAUAUAACCUCAAAGUUCUAAUAUGCAUUAAUCUUAAGUAUAGUAGAAUAUAUUGAUUUGUCUAUAAUUGGAUGUUUACAAAGAAGGGGAGGUAAUUAAGCCAUAGGAUUUUAUAUAUAUGAUAAAUAAGGUACAAACAAAGUUUACAUGAAAGACAUCUCUGAAGAUUAUAAAACUUCAUCAGAUGUCACAUGCGUAGGCAUUUCUAAUUAUACUGCUGCAUAAAAAUUUGUAAUAUUUUCAUGUUGGAUAUUUGGUAACAAAUGGUUACAAUCGUGGAUUUAUAACUAUUUCAAGUCAAGGUUACCAUCAAGUAUUGUAAGAUGCUGA